AUGGAUGGUGUUGUAAUCAAAACAAGACCAUUGGGUCAUAUUGAAACUGAUGAUCUAGUGGAAGGUGCUGCUUACCAAGAUGAUGGAAUUUCUCAAAUUAAUGAUGUGGUUGAAGUUGAAGAAAUUACAAAUUUGUGUGAUACAUUGGCCGAGGGUCAUCAAAUUGAUGCAUCUGUGUUGUUGGUAGAUAAUAAUGUGGACGAAGAGCAUGAAGAGUUUGAAUCUGAGGAAAUUAUUGGAUCAGAUGACGCAAAUAAUAUGGAUGAAGAGCAUGAAGAGUUUGAAUAG